UACUGGAAAACUGUUUGAAGAACCCUAAAAGUUCCAGCUUUGAUCUCAUUUAAUCUUCACCCACAAAAACACACACACAGAAAUAGUAUGCAGAUAUGGUGGGUAUCAGCUUCUAUGUUCUAAUCUUGGUUUUCAAUUGAAGAAAACCCAUUGUUGCUCCAAGUGUUUUUAGCUCUCAAGAUGCUUGUUUCUUGACUUGAAUCUGUGAAUCUUGGUGAAAGAGAUCUGGGAUUUCUUUAGGGUUUCUGUUUAUGCAAGUUUCAAGAUUACAAAAAGGUCACAAGAUUUGGGGUUUUUCUGGGGUUGAGAUCUGGAGUGGUUUCUGUAGCUAAACAAGCUUUUCUUUGUCAUUCUUGGUCUAAUUUGGUGGUGGGGUUGUUACAAAAAAUAGCAAGAAAACAAGAUUGUUCUUGGAUGAAGGUGUGUGUGGCUGAGUUGUGGUGUUAUUUGGGGGUUUGGGUGUGGAAGAUCAAGGGCGAAUGAAGUGGAAAUCCUUUUUGUUUUGUAGUACGACCGGUUUCGGUUGAAAAUCUGGUGGAACUGUGGGUUUUUUUGUAUGGAUUGUUAAAGAGAAGCAAGAAUCAGUAAUCUGGAAGGGAAAAGUGGUCCCUUUUUUAAGGAAUUUUGUGGUUAACUGUUGAGAUUUUUGACUGUUUAUAGUAGUUAAGAAAACUGUUGUUUUGAAGCUGUGGAAAUGAAGCUGUCUGCUGUUGGUUUUGGUCAGCAAUUGCCUGAAGGGGAGAAAAGAUGUUUGAAUUCCGAACUUUGGCAUGCUUGUGCCGGUCCUCUUGUUUCCCUCCCCACCGUUGGAAGUCGUGUCGUAUACUUCCCACAGGGUCAUAGUGAGCAGGUUGCUGCAUCAACAAACAAAGAAGUCGAUGCUCAUACUCCGAACUACCCGAGCUUACCUCCGCAACUCGUUUGUCAACUUCACAAUGUCACUAUGCAUGCAGAUGGGGAGACCGAUGAGGUUUACGCUCAGAUGACAUUGCAACCCCUGAAUUCCGAAGAGCAAAAAGAGGCCUUCCUUCCGGCGGAUCUCGGUGCCCCGAGCAAACAACCCACGAAUUAUUUUUGUAAAACGUUGACGGCAAGUGACACGAGCACUCACGGUGGAUUUUCGGUUCCUCGUCGUGCAGCCGAGAAAGUGUUUCCUCCAUUGGACUUCUCGCAGCAACCUCCGGCUCAAGAACUUAUCGCGAGGGAUUUACACGACAAUGAAUGGAAGUUUAGGCAUAUAUUCCGUGGACAACCGAAAAGGCAUCUUCUCACAACCGGUUGGAGCGUUUUUGUGAGCGCAAAAAGACUUGUUGCCGGUGAUUCGGUCUUAUUCAUAUGGAAUGAGAAAAACCAAUUGCUACUAGGAAUUCGGCGUGCUAAUCGACCCCAAACCGUUAUGCCGUCUUCGGUUUUAUCUAGUGACAGCAUGCACUUGGGGCUUCUUGCUGCCGCUGCACAUGCGGCAGCAACUAAUAGCCGUUUCACCAUUUUCUAUAAUCCGAGGGCAAGUCCAUCGGAAUUUGUGAUACCUCUGGCGAGGUUUGUUAAAGCGGUUUAUCAUACACGAGUUUCUGUUGGCAUGCGGUUUCGGAUGUUGUUUGAAACCGAAGAAUCAAGCGUCCGUCGCUAUAUGGGCACGAUAACGGGCAUCAGUGACCUCGAUCCCGCUCGAUGGCCAAACUCACACUGGCGGUCCGUGAAGGUUGGAUGGGACGAGUCUACGGCCGGAGAAAGACAGCCAAGAGUUUCAUUGUGGGAGAUCGAACCCCUAACGACAUUCCCGAUGUACCCUUCUCAGUUCCCCCUCCGACUCAAGCGACCAUGGCCACCCGGGCUCCCCUCUUUUAACGGAAUAAAAGAAGAUGAUCUGGGAAUGAACUCUCCGAUAAUGUGGCUCCGUGGCGAUCCCGGUGACCGUGGAAUCCAAUCACUCAACUUUCAGGGAGUCGGUGUUUCACCGUGGCUGCAGCCAAGGCUCGAUGCAAGCAUGCUCGGAAUGCAAACCGAUAUCUACCAAGCUAUGGCUGCUGCUGCCCUUCAAGAAAUGAGGACUAUGGAUUCGGCGAAACCGUCGAAUCCGUCACUUCUACAAUUUCAACAACACCGAACUGUCCCGACUGGUUCUGCUACCCUGGUGCCGCCUCAGAUGAUGCACCAAUCUCAGCCUCAACCAACGUUUGAAAACCUGCCGGUUUCACAUCCGCAGCCUCAUCUUCUUCCUCAACAAUUGCAACACCAAAUUCCGUUCAAUAAUGAACAACAACAUCUACUCCCGUCCAUGCCACAGUUCGGUUCCAGCUCCCAAACAAUCUCUUCGAUGCAACAUCCGAGCUUUUCGGGUUCGAACGGAAACCCCGUGUCCGGUUCUAACGUAUCGUCCUUUCAGAGUCUUUUAGGUUCGUUUUCACAUGACGAAACUUCGCACCUUCUUAACAUGCCACGGUCCACCUCCUUGUUGACUUCCACCGGUUGGCCGGCAAAACGUGUGGCCGUCGAUCCGCUUCUCGUAUCCGGAGCAUCACAAUCUCUUCUUCACCAAGUUGAACAGUUGGGCCCACCAUCACACACAAACCUCCCUCGAAACACCAAUCUCUCCCAAACCGCCGUUUCUCUGCCACCGUUUCCAGGAAGAGAGUGCUCCAUCGAUCAAGAAUCGAGCAACGAUUCUCAGAGCCAUCUUUUGUUCGGAGUUAACAUCGAUAACUCGAAUCUCUUAAUGCAAAGUGGGAUCUCGAACCUCCGGGGUGUCGGGAAUGAUUCCGAUUCCAUGACUCUGCCAUUCACAUCUUCCAAUUACAACAUGAGUAAUGCAGGCAACGAGUUUUCGAUGAAUCCAACGAUGACACCUUCGAGUUGUAUCGAUGAGUCGGGUUUUCUGCAUUCACCCGAAAACACGAGCCAAACGAACCCACCAACCAGAACCUUCGUUAAGGUUUAUAAGUCGGGGUGUUAUGGGAGGUCGCUCGAUAUAGCAAAAUUUAGCAGCUACCACGAGCUGCGAAGUGAACUUGCUCAAAUGUUCGGCCUUGAAGGCCAAUUGGAAGACCCUUUGAGAUCAGGCUGGCAGCUUGUAUUCGUUGACCGGGAGAAUGAUGUUCUUCUCCUCGGCGACGACCCUUGGCCGGAGUUCGUGAGCAGCGUUUGGUGCAUCAAGAUUCUGUCGCCACAGGAGGUGCAGCAAAUGGGGAAACAAGGUCUCGAGCUUCUCAACUCGGUCCAGAUACCGAAUCCCACCGACAGCACCUACGAUAACUACACUCCGAGCCGGCAAGAAUCGAUGAAUCUGAGCAAUGGAGUUGCGUCCGUGGGUUCGCUCGAAUACUGAACCCGACUCCAUUCAAGAUCCACAGUUUGUGUAUGAUUAGCCGCACUUCAUCCAAUUCUCGAGAAUUGCUUGAUUCUAAGCUUUAGGUAUUUCUGCAACCCGAAACUGUAAUUAAUAUGAUCUCGCUCUAUUUCGGUUUCGAUGAUACACAAGACUCGUUUCCGAGGUUAUGUAUUAUGUUUUCAUCAGAAAGUUAUCAUGCUAAGGAAACCCACGGAUGUCGUCGGGCCUUCUAG